AUGCUGCACAAUAUCAACUCCAACCUCGUCAUAUGCGAUCAAGAGAACACGCAUCGACUUCCGACUUUCGCACAUGUCCUUGCUGACCAUACGAUUGAGGCUUCUGGUCCUAGCUUCGAGCCAUUGUUCAAGGGCCGCAAGAGCUGUUCUCAUAUCCUCCAUACCUCUGGCACGACUGGCAAGCCAAAAGCCGUCGAAACCUUUGCGGAGGGACUUAUCAACCUCUGUCUCGAUCCUUCGGCCUUUGUAAAAAAAGGUGACCGUGUCGGUCAUAUAGCGAGUGUGGCCUUUGAUAUCUCGUUGGUAGAGAUCUGGGGCAGCUUACUGAACGGGGCGACAAUAGUUUGCAUUCCGAUGGAAACAGUACUCGAUCCUAUAGAGCUCUCUCACCAGAUUAAGAGCCUGAAGCUUAACGUUGUGCAACUCACGACAUCGUUACUUGAUAUCACUGCGUACGCUUCCCCAAGUGCUUUUUCCUCCCUUGACACCCUAAUCACCGGUGGCGAAGCGAUCAAUGUUCAAACCAUCAGGUCCAUAUUUGAGGCAGGCGCACCACGGCGCAUCAUCAAUGGCUACGGGCCCACAGAGUGCAGUGUAUACUCACUCUGGCAUCGUGUCUCACGGGAGGAGGCACAGCGGGGCGAGAUACCCGUGGGCAAGCCUUUCCGCCACGUACAGACCUUCCUCGUGGAUGAGAACCUGAUGCCUGUCAAGCCCGGCGUUAUCGGUGAGCUCCUCGUGGCGGGUGCAGGAGUCGCUGGCGGUUACAUCGGAGAGCCUGAAAAGACCGCCAAAAGCUUCGUCUCCCUUCCUCAUCUUCCGCUCCACAGCAACCGCGGACCAGGACACAUUUACCGGACAGGCGACCUGAUGCGUAUGGAUGAAGAUGGUGUCCACUACUAUGUUGGUCGAAGAGACAGCCAAGUAAAGAUAAGAGGGCAAAGGGUCGAGAUUGAGGCUUUGGAAUCCAACCUUGUCAGGACAAAACUCGUCAGUGCUGCAGUAGUGAUUAAAAUCACACCCAAAGGAGCCGGGAGAAGUCCAUUACUGGUUGCAUUCUGUGUUCCAAUAUCUCCUUGCAUCACCGUCGCCGCAAUGACCAAAGAAUAUGUUGAAAGGUACUCCCAUCUCAUCGUGCCUCGCAUUGAACUCAUGGGUUCAUUGCCGCUGAAGACCAGUGGCAAAACAGACCGCAAGGAGUUGGAGCAUCGAUACCUUGCAAAAGUUGAAGAUUCGUGCAUGGCAAGCCGACCUGCAGGCAAGGAUAUCGGCAACGUGGAAGCCAAACUAAAGGCACUCUGUGUUGACGUUUUGAGUCUUCCCACUGAGGGCUUCGAUCCAACCGAUGACUUCAUGGCGAUGGGAGCCAAUUCAUUGAUGGCCGCAACUUUGCUCGCUAGAAUUAACCGUACAUUUGGAGUCUCGCUGCGCGCAUCGAUGCUUUACGAAAACCCGACCCUAAGGAGCCUUACCAAUCUGUUGGAAAAUAUUCAGGACAAAAGUACGGAGCUUGCCAACGAAGCCGAACAAGAGCUAUGGUUGCAGGACUCGCAACUGGGGCAGCACUUGAAGCCUCUGCCUGGCACAGUCGUCGACUGGGAAGACGUUUCUGAGGGGCGUGUUUUCCUCACAGGAGCUACUGGCUUUGUUGGUGCGUUCUUUCUCGCAGAAUUGUUGCAAAUGCCGACGGUGAAGAAGGUCGCUUGUUUGAUUCGCGACAAAGAUAAAGCCGCUGGGCGGUUGCGCCUUGAGAACAUUCUUCGUAAAUACCAGAUCUACUCAGAUCUGGAUAAAGUUGUCGUCGUGCCAGGCAGUUUCGGUGAAGCAAGCCUUGGAUUAAAUCGCAGGGACUACGAUUACUAUGCUGAGUGGGCCAGCGUCGUCUUUCAUCUUGGGGCUAAAGUGAGCUACGUUGCCCCCUAUUCAUCCCAUAGAAUGGACAAUGUCGUCGGCACAUGCAACAUUCUCGAAUUUGCCAACCACAAGCGUCUAAAGGCAACUCACUACACCUCGACCAUCGCGGUAUAUGGGCCUACAGGGCUCGUGACUGGUACCAAGUUCGUGCACGAGGAUGAACGUCCGGCCUCACACUUGGCAGCACUGCAUUACGACACGGGUUACGCACAAAGCCAAUAUGUCGCAGAAGCAAUUGUCUGGAAUGCAAUCGACAAUGGCCUCCCUGUUGCCAUCUACCGUCCUGGCUUCGUUCUCGGCCACAGCCAAACAGGGGUCUGCAACCCGGAUGACUUCGUCGGCCGGGUGUUCGCAAGCUGUAUGGAGAUGGGAUGUUACCCUCUCCUUCCAAGUCAGCGGAAGGAAUUCAUACCCGUGGAUUACAUUGUGGGCGCUAUGUUACACAUAUCCAAGUCGAGAGACAACCUAAGACAUGCUUACAAUCUGGUGCAUCCGGACAAAACGCAUGCGAUCGAUAUGUGUACAAGCUUCAACCUGUUGAAAACCAUAUGUCCAUACCCAAUGCACGGGGUCACGUACACCGAGUGGGUGCAAUCUCUCUCACUGAGGUCAGAUGACCCUCUAUACCCUCUUGUUCCGAUGCUGAAGGAGAAAGUUCUGGGUGAGCGGACGCGAUGGGAGGUGUACGAAAAUAUGGUGGAGUAUGGCCGUGAGAAUCUGCAUAAGGCAUUAAAGGGCGCUCCGGACAUCUUGGCCUGUGGUCCUAUGGCUCAGCUUUUUGGCCGAUACCUGCGUAGCUGGCUACCGAUAUCCUGUGAAAAGUAG